AUGGCCGAGCUGGGCGUCGGCCACCUCGCCUACGUCUACCCGGGAACGGAUGCGAAGAAUACGCAGUCAAAGAUUAUCAAUUUUUUGGCGCCCGGCUUCAGCCUUCCCCGAAAGGAGUUCGAAAACGCCAACGGCACCUUCACCGCCGAGGUCGACCUCUACCGGCGGAUGAUUCAAGAAUUCGGCCACCUGUUCUUCUUUGCCAGCAACAAUCGAACUAUCCGUUUGGGGCAGUCCGAGGAGAAGGAGUUAACCUCCCGCAUCGAGGAGGUGUUCACCUUUGAGCGGACCCUUUCGCUGGCCACCCGACCCGCCGGCGAGGACCGCAACGCCACCGUCUGGUACAACAAGAUGACCCUGGAGGAGUUCACCUCCAAAACGGGUGGUAACUUCCUCAACUACACCGUCUACCUCAAUGAGCUGGCGACCCUUUUUAAACUCCCCUAUCGUUUCCACCGAACUGACAAGGUGGUCGUCCGAGAUGUGGGCUACUAUGAGAAGCUGUCGCGGAUUCUCCUGAAAACGCCCCCUCUGACGCUGCACAACUUCCUGGGAAAGAAGUUGGCCUACGGUUGGGUGGGCGCCACUGAUAGUCACAUGCGGGAGUUCGCCUUCCGCCACGCCAGCCUGAAGACCGGCGUCCGCCAGAUGACGCCCCUCUGGAAGGACUGCCUGGGCACGGUGGGCGGCUGGGCGGCCAGCCGCCUCUACGUCGACCACUUUGUACUGCCCGGAACGAAGGAGAAGGCCACCGAGGUGGUCAACGAUCUAAAAGAGGUCUUCAGCGAGGUGGUCCUCAAGCGGGACGUCGACUGGCUGGAUGAACCAACUCGAAAGAGAGCUUUAGAAAAAGCAGCCAAAACGCACUACUACGUCGCCUACCCCGACUGGCUGCUGAAUGACACCGCCCUCGACACUGAAGUUUAUCACUUCACUGAUAAGGACUACGUCCAG